GGCCGCUCCCAGUCCAAUGGAGCCGUCGAAAAUGACAUUAGUCGGCUGAAACGCGAUCAAAUAGUGCCUAAGUAUCAUUCGCUAGCACGUGAAACAUAAAUAUUGUGCACACGACAACAAGUUUAUUUUGCUUUUCUUGUGUCUGUCGUUUUGAAAAUGACUCUCCUGUGAUUCUUUCUCAAUUCGUAUGCGAAUGUCCCUUCUACGCUACGCAACUUUCACAAACAGUAACCAGUGUUUUGUCAAAAUAUUAUUUAAAACAACACGCACGUUGCAUUGUCAAGAAAUGUUACAAUGAUGCCGAUAAAGGAUAAUCAAGAUGUGGCAUGUUUUUUGGUCACCAAACACUCGUGGAAAGGAAAAUACAAACGUAUCUUUUCAAUUGGAUCCAUGGGUAUAACAACAUAUAAUCCUACCACACUGGAGGUCACAAACAAAUGGGAAUACUCAGAUUUUAUAAGUGUCCAACCAACAAAUAGAAAUCAAUUAGGUGUACAUGAAUUUAGUAUAACAAUGCGCAAAGAACGAAAAGUUGACAAUAUGAAAUUUAGUUCAGAAUACAGAGCCCAUUUAUUAACUGAAGCUUUGAAAUAUAGAAACCAAUUUGCUGAGAAACCUAAAGAAAUUUUGAGAUAUCAAGCUUAUAAACAUCAUUGGUCUGAUACAAGAUUACCUGUUGUAUUAGAAGUGACACCAUACAGUCUUGACCAAUUAGAUCCAGCAACCAAUAUGGUAUUAGCCAGUUAUUAUUAUAAAGAUUUUGAAGGAAUUCUUACAAUGAAAGAUUAUCCCAAUGGAUUUGUAAUUGUAUGUGGUGGAUUUGGACGUUUACACCUUUUUGCCUCCCAAUACAUGGAAGAAAUUAAAAAAAAGCUGCUGGAAUCAGCUAUGAAUAAUUUAGGUAUCAACAUAAAAGUUUUGAAAGAACCAAUCAAAUUAGAUGAUUUUAUUGCUCAGAGAUUGGGUAAAUUUAGUGGUGAUGAACAUAUAACAAGUGUAUCAGAAUUUACUGUUCACAAAUAUUCGUCUAGGCAUAUAGAUCCUCAAAGAAGAACUCUUUGUCUCUCUGAUACUUGUUUACUGGAAAGAGAUCCUCAAACAUAUAAUAUUUGCACUCUUAGACCUCUGUCAGAUAUUUUUGCGUUGAUUCGUGACAAUGAAAAUCCACAAUUAUUUACUAUACAGUAUCUUAAUGGUCAAACUCGUAGUUAUACGGCAACAGAUAGAGAUUCUUUGUUAGCUUCCUUACUGGAUGGAGUUAGAGCAUCUGGUAAUACAGAUGUUCAUGUCAAAAUGUAUCCGGUACCUAGGGGAAAAAGGCUUGGUCCUCUUAAUUUACCUGUUGAUGAAGAAGUUGAAAUAUCUCAUGUUAAGUUUCUUCAGCAACCACCAAGUGGACGUACUUUUGCUGAAAUUUUGGAAAGAUUUAAUGCAAACAUUCCCUACAGUGGUCUUAAUUACUCUGUUACACAAGAUGGUAUUGUACCGCUUGAAUGGACUGUAACAUCAUUACAACUUCAAAUUUACCAUUUGAUGAAUAACUACUUACAGGGUCUUUUUACUGAAAAUAAAGAUAAAAUUAUUCUUGGUGCUUUAAAUGCAUUGGUCAAUAAAGAAUUAGAAACAAACAGUGAAAUAGAAGCACAAUUUCAUGCUUUAAGGAGACUGGUUGCUAGCAAAAUUGGUUUUACUGCAUUUACAACUCUCCUUGGAUUUAGAGAAGCUAUUGGACAUAAAGUUGUGAAAGCUUUAAAAAGACAAGAUUAUGGUGUAACACAAGCUGCUAUAGAUUGUAUUUGUGCCCUUAUGCAACCAAUGCAUGAUGAUUGUGAUUUAAGACAAGAACAGUUAAAUAAAAGUAGCCUUCUCAGUAGUAAUAAAUUCUUGGAAAAUUUACUUGAUAUGUGGGUUAACCAUAUAAAUCAUGGUACAGGUGCUCUGGUAGUUUCUGCCAUGCUUGAUCUUUUAACUUUUGCUCUAUGUGUACCAUACAGUGAAACGACCGAUGGAAAACAUUUUGAUAAUCUUCUAGAAAUGGUCGCCGCAAGAGGAAGAUCACUUUUUAAAUUGUUUCAACAUCCAUCGCUAGCUAUCGUUAAAGGUGCUGGAUUAAUAAUGAGAGCGAUCAUUGAAGAAGGUGCGCCAGAAGUUGCUGCAAAAAUGCAAGAACUUGCCCUUGCAGAAGGAGCUUUACCAAGACAUUUAUUAAAUAGUCUUUUUACUGUUGGUACUGAUGGUAGAUUGUUAACACAUAGGCAAUUGUGUAGACAUCUUGUAGGACUUUGGGUUACAGGACAUCCUACAGCUAUGGGACUGUUAAAAAGGAUUAUGCCUGUUGGUUUAUUAAAUUACUUAGACUCCGAUGAAAAAGUACCCGAUUCAUUUUUGGAAAAGGAACGAUUAAACAAUCGUGACAAUUUAAAGAUAGCUAUAGAUCACGCAUCGAAAAAUAAGAAAAGUCCACAAUGGAUUGCGAUCGAACGUCAAAUGCGUGUUGUUGAGAAACAUGUAGAGCAUGCUCUUCAACACUGGGGUGCCAGGAUUGGAAUCGAGCGUAAAGAGAAAAUCAAAGAACGUCCGAUAGAUCAUUCACUGCCAAAUUUAAUUUGGAAUCAUAAAACACGGGAGGAAUUAAGAACCGCGCUUGAGAAUGAAAUUCGUGCGUUCACUUUUGACAAAGAUUUAGCAGGAGGAACUUUAAUUGCUUGGAAUCAUAGGGAAUUUGAAGUACAGUAUCAGUGCCUGUCAGAUGAAGUGAAAAUCGGUGAUUAUUAUUUGAGGCUUUUGUUGGAAAAAGAUAGUCCAGACAGUCCAAUAAGAAAAUCAUAUGAAUUUUUUAACGACUUAUACCAUAGAUUCAUACUAACAACAAAAGUUGAAAUGAAGUGCCUUUGCUUGCAAGCAAUGACUAUAGUAUAUGAACGAUACUACGAAGAUAUUGGUCCAUUUUCGGAUACAAAAUAUAUUGUAGGAAUGCUGGAACGUUGUACAGAUAGAAUGGAACGUGAUAGACUAGUCAUGUUCAUAAAUAAACUUAUAUUACAUAGAAGAAAUGUAAAAGAUAUAAUGGAUCAAAAUGGAGUACGCACAUUAGUUGAUCUCUUAACUCUGGCUCAUUUACAUACAUCUAGAGCGGUGAUACCAACACAAACUAAUGUAAUAGAAGCAGGACCACAACAACAACAAGUUAUGGAAAAAGAGUGGUAUUACAAUGACGGAGAUCAGCGGAAAGGUCCUAUAAGUUUGAAAGAUUUAAAAGAAUUGUAUCUUACAAAUCAUAUUACAUACAAAACAAAAGUUUGGGCACAAGGAUUAGACGGAUGGCGAAUGAUCUCGCAAGUUCCACAAUUAAAAUGGACGUUAGUCGCAAAAGGGGCACCAGUUAUAAAUGAAAGUGAAUUAGCAACAUUGAUUCUAAAUAUUUUAAUCAAAAUGUGCGAGUAUUUUCCAAGUAGAGAUGUUGAUGACGCGGUAAUCAGACCCCUACCGCGCAUGAAACGGUUAUUAUCUGAUCUUCAGUGCCUACCUCAUAUUGUUCAACUUUUAUUAACGUUUGACCCGGUUUUAGUUGAAAAAGUAGCUACUUUAUUAUGUGAAAUAAUGCGAGAUAACGCAGAUAUGUCAAAAAUUUAUCUUACUGGUGUCUUUUAUUUCAUACUAAUGUAUACUGGUUCAAACGUUUUACCAAUAGCGAGAUUUUUACAGUUAACUCAUACGAAACAGGCGUUUAGAAAUGAUGAUAAUGCAUCAUCAGACAUCAUGCAGCGAAGUAUUCUUGGACAACUUUUACCCGAUGCGAUGGUUAGUUAUUUAGAAAAUCAUGGCGCAGAAAAAUUUGCACAAAUAUUUCUCGGUGAUUACGAUACACCAGAAGCAAUAUGGAAUGCCGAGAUGAGAAGAAUGCUUAUUGAAAAAAUAGCGACGCAUAUUGCAGAUUUUUCACCAAAAUUAAGAAGUCAUACUAUGGCUAGAUAUCAAUACAUUGCUAUACCUGCAAUAAGGUAUCCACAAUUAGAAAAAGAAUUAUUCUGUCAAAUAUUCUAUCUAAGGCAUCUAUGUGAUACUGUAAGAUUUCCACAGUGGCCUAUUCCUGAACCGGUACAUUUAUUGAAAGAUGUAUUAGAUGCAUGGAAGAAAGAAGUAGAAAAAAAACCACCAUUGAUGACAGUGGAUGAAGCUUAUAAAGUUCUUCAAUUGUGCAGUGAAAAACAACAUAACGAAGCUGAAGUCAGAAAAUCAUAUUAUAAACUUGCACAAAUGUAUCAUCCUGAUAAAAAUCCACAAGGAAGAGAUAAAUUUGAGGCUGUUAAUCAGGCAUAUGAAUUUUUAUGUAGUCGAAGUUGUUGGUCGACUGAUGGUCCAAAUCCUGAUAACAUAGUGCUUAUUUUAAGAACACAGAGUAUUCUCUUCCAUAGAUAUUCCAAUGAACUUAGACCUUACAAAUACGCAGGUUAUCCACAACUAAUCAAAACAAUCAAACUAGAAACAGACGAUGAGCAAUUAUUCUCAAAAUCCGCGCCAUUAUUGGCAGCCGCUAGUGAACUUGCAUAUCAUACUGUACAUUGUUCUGCAUUAAAUGCAGAGGAACUUCGUAGAGAAGGAGGAUUAGAUGUUCUAUUAGAAGCUUAUACACGAUGUGUUUCUGUUUUAAAUAAAUCAAGUAAACCUAAUGAUAUAGCAGUGCAAGUGUGCAUGCAUAUCACUAGAUGUUUUUCAGUUGCCGGAUCAUUUAGAGGCUGCAAAGACAAAAUUAUUGAACUACCACAACUAGUUAAAGAUCUCUGUAGAAUAUUACAUUUCAAGCAUUUAACAAAAUUAUGCUCAGUGGCCACAGAAUGUGUGUCUUCCCUUGCUUCGGACAGUGUAUUACAAAUGCAAUUGCUACAAUCUGGUGCUUUAUGGCAUUUAUUAUUAUUUAUGUUUAAUUACGAUUAUACAUUGGAAGAAGGUGGUGUUGAAAGAAAUCAAGACGAAAAUCGCCAAGAAGUGGCAAAUAAUUUAGCGAAACUAGCAGUUCGAGCAUGUGCAAGAUUGGGUGGUUACAUGAUAGGAGAGAAUGAAACACCUAUUAAUCCAGUUACUGUUGCUGCUUUAGAAAGUUUAUUAACGCCUUAUCUAGCUCGUCAACUGUCGAAGGAUAAACCGGAAGAAAUAUUAAAAAUCCUGAACUCGAAUUGCUCAAAUCCAUAUUUGAUUUGGGAUAACGGGACAAGGGCAGAAUUAAACGAAUAUUUGGAAACUAAACGACAGGAAAGAUUAAAUGGCAAUGAUAGUCUUGAACACGAUUUUAAUGACUUUAAAUAUAGCGUCCAUGCUGGUGAACUUAUUAUUGGAGAAAUAUUUGUGAAAGUAUAUAAUGAACAACCCAAUUUUCCAAUAGAGAAUCCUAAAAGUUUUACAAUUAAUUUACUUGACUUUUUGUCUGAAUCGACAAAAUAUUUGAUGUCAGUGGGAAAUAAUCCAGCAUCAACUAAAAAGGAUCAAGAGAAGUUGGAACAUAUUGUUAUGUCUUUAGAAGCAUUAAGGAAUAAAAAUGCUCUUGAAGUUAUUAGUAAUGUUACAAAGAACCAAGAAUGUGUAGACGAUAUUGCGGCAAAUGAAGUUAUAGUACAUUUAUUAUUAGCUUUAAAUUCUCUGAAAGAAUAUCAGUUACUUAUAUUGGAAACCUUGUACGCUCUAAUGAGCUCGACGAAGAUCGUGAAAGAUGCACUGUCUAAAGGUGCUGUUAUAUACGUUCUUGAUUUGUUUUGUAAUUCGAGUAAUACUCAGAUACGCGAAGCAGCCGCAGAACUGCUUGGUAAAAUGUCAUCUGAUAAGUUAGCUGGACCGAAAGUGAAAUUAGAUUUGUCUAAAUUUUUACCCAGAUUAUUUAGUGAAGCUAUUAGAGAUGUUCCAAAACAGUGCGUGCAUAUGUUUGAAACAAAACACGAGAAUCCUGAAUUAAUCUGGGAUGAUAAUGCCAAAGCUAGAGUGUCAAGAAUUGUUGGAGAAUUAAAAGACGAAUAUUAUAUGUUACAAAGGCGAAAUUCCAAUGCAAUAUUAAAAUUACCUGAAACUCAAAGUAAUAUUGAUGUCGCAACAAACGAACCCGCAGUCGGAGGUGUAUACCUUAGAUUAUUUAUAGCCAGUCCCGCGUGGGCCCUUAGGAAGCCUAAAGAAUUUUUAAGUGAACUUAUGGAUACGACGUUAGGCCUUAUGUCCAAAGAAAAAACUGAUCCGGACAUGUUAGAAUUAACAACACAAGCAUUAGUAAGUUUACUUCAAGCACAACCAAGUUUAGCAGAUCAAGUUCCAUCAUUAGGACACAUACCUAGGCUAUGUCGACAAAUGGCAAUGCAAAAUAAUCAACCAUCUGUAUAUAAAACUGCGAUAUUAAUACUUCAUCAGUUAGCAGCAAGCGAAAUUUGUAUAUCAUCUAUUUGUCAAACAGAGUGUAUAAGUCCAUUGAAACAUGCAAUGCAAUCUAGACGAGAUAUGAUAGCAAUAGCAUGCGAAACGUUGAACAGACUAUUUUCAACUAAUGAAGACAGACUCAUAAAACAGGCACUGGACGCUGAAAUGGUACCUUAUCUCCUAAAUAUAUUAGAGGGACGAUUAGACGUAAUUGAAAAUCCUGCAACUGCUAAAGCUCAAAUAGUCAAAGCUUUAAAAGCGAUGACCAGGAGUUUGUUGUUAGGUGAGAAAGUAAAUGCAAUACUGGAGAAGUCAAGUGUUUGGGCGGAAUAUAAAGAUCAGCGGCAUGAUCUGUUUAUUUCUAAUACAACUAAUUCUGGUUACCUUACCGCUGGAACGCCAGUAUCAGCUGGUUAUUUAACGGCUGGACCUAGUACCACAUUAACUACCGGUCCACCUCCAGUCGACAAAGAAGAUAGUUUAAUUAAUAGAAAUGAUAGUAUCUGAUAUAGGUAGCAUCGUAAUUAAAGAAAAAAAUAAAUUAUAAAAGGCAGUAAAAAUGCCACUUCUGGAAAUUCCUAUCGGUAAAUUGGUACCGGUGUAAAGACUACAUUGCCUGUGAUUUUUGGCUCCUUAAAAUAAGGAAUUUAUCAAUUGAAUAAUGUUUUUGUUGAAUUUACAUUUAUAUUAAGAUUAUCACAAUACAAUGAUCUUUUUAUUAUGCUGUAUAGGCAGAUUAUAUAAUUGUGUAAGAUAUGUCAUUCUUUACAAAGAUGUCAGCAUGUGGCAAAAGAUAGUAUUCAAUGAAAGUCUAUUACUAAACAAAUUUUUCUAGGAAAUGUCCCCCGAAGAAAAGUCUCCCUCAUCGAGUGUAAAGAUUUUUUAGACAACAUUUCAUUUUGUACUUAGUAAAUCUUCCGAUACGAUUUUUCAUCUUAUAAUAAUCUAAUUAUCUAAUAAACGAACUUACAUUCCUGGAAGGAAUAAUACGUUCGAGAUUUAGCGUUAUUGCUGUAUCUGAGUGUGAUUAGUAUUCUAUGGAGAGAUUUUUAAAUAUUUACUAAUAAAUACAAUAUAUGUAUACUUGGUCCAAUUUCAAUUUCUCAGAAUCCUAUGUGUCAAUGAAAAUUAUAUUAUUUUAGUUGCCAUCACUAUUGUAUGAAUUAAAUCUAUAUUUAUUAAAUGUAUCUUCACAAUCUAAUCGCAUUUUUCGAUAUGGCAAGAUGCUUUCACUUUCUUUUUUAUGCAUCAAGAGAUUCAUAAGCAUCUAGUUUGUAAUAUAAACUUCAAGAGAUGCAAAAGCGUUGUAUAAAAGCGAUUCAUCAUCAUUUUUUCGCGGUAAUUUCAUAUUUAUUUUCUUCAUUAAUUUUAUGAGGACACGUGACAAUUGCGAUUGUAUAUCGAACAUCUAUCAAACAAAUCAAACGAUUAUAAAAAAUGUUAAAUAUACAUGAUCUUAAAACAAACUCGGUCAUAUAUUUUAAAACAAUAUUCAUUUAUUAUUUCAAUGCUGUGUGUAUUCUUUUCCUUCAAAAUAUCACGUAUAUAUUAUACUUUGUUAUAUAGCUCCUUUUAUGUACGCUUAAGACCGAAAAAAAGCGCUAAAACUUCUCGGUGAUAAUAAAUGAGGAUCUAUCGAAUGGAGUAGAUUCCAUGGGUAGAGAGUUCCUCUUUUUUCAUAUCAAUUUCUAAUAUUCUAAUGAAGCGAUAAUUCAGCAAGUACAGACGGACAUCCUUAGCUUAGAAAUAUAAAACAAAAGUAAAAGAGAUAGAAGCAACACGCUACGCGUUGUUUUUUCAUUUGCUACUUUAAAUCGAUGAGUUAAGUGUUCACGGUGUCAAACAAAUAAAGCAAAGACACAAAACACUAACAAUAAGAAUAAUAGUUCCUCUGGUAGCAAAAAUAUGUAUGUACGUGUACGUGCCUGCUAGACACAAUAUAAAACAAUAUUUCUAAUAUUUCUUUAAUUUACAUUUCUAUAACAAUGGCGAAUAACUAAAAACUUCGUUUCUGAUAGAUCAUACAGUAUUCGUGUAAAUGAGAUUUUUUUGUCACCGUACACUCGACUCAUUGAGCGAUCCUUCUUUUAGAAAAGUGAAAAAAAUAAGUGAAGCGAUUAGUUAGAUAAAAAAUACAGCGAUCGAAACGAUGAUCAUAAUGAAAUAUAAAAAUAGAAUAAAAACUGAUUGACAUGUUCUUGUUGUACUGUAAUAUUAUAAUAUUGUUGCUGGUAAUCGAGCAACUAUGUGAAAAAAUAUGAAAGAGCUUUAGUUAUUUUUAUGUAUUUGCGCCUGAGUUCUUAAGGUCGAGAAUAAGAUAUUGUAUAUA